AUGAUCCUGUUUCCCAGAAUGCCCUUGGUGCUGCUCCUGCUGCUGCCUAUCUUGAGUUCUGCAAAAGCUCAGGUUAAUCCAGCUAUAUGCCGCUAUCCUCUGGGCAUGUCAGGAGGCCACAUUCCAGAUGAGGACAUCACAGCUUCCAGUCAGUGGUCAGAGUCUACAGCUGCCAAGUAUGGAAGGCUGGACUCAGAAGAAGGGGAUGGAGCCUGGUGCCCUGAGAUUCCAGUGGAACCCGAUGACCUGAAGGAAUUUCUGCAGAUUGACUUGCACACCCUACAUUUUAUAACUCUGGUGGGGACCCAGGGGCGCCAUGCAGGGGGUCAUGGCAUUGAGUUUGCCCCUAUGUACAAGAUCAAUUACAGUCGGGAUGGCACUCGCUGGAUCUCUUGGCGGAACCGGCAUGGGAAACAGGUGCUGGAUGGAAACAGUAACCCCUAUGACAUUUUCCUAAAGGACUUGGAACCACCCAUCGUGGCCAGAUUUGUCCGGUUCAUUCCAGUCACUGACCACUCCAUGAAUGUAUGCAUGAGGGUGGAGCUUUAUGGCUGUGUCUGGCUAGAUGGCUUGGUGUCUUAUAAUGCUCCUGCUGGGCAGCAGUUUGUACUCCCUGGAGGCUCCAUCAUUUAUCUGAAUGAUUCUGUCUACGAUGGAGCUGUUGGGUACAGCAUGACUGAGGGGCUAGGCCAGUUGACAGAUGGAGUGUCUGGCCUGGACGAUUUCACCCAGACUCAUGAAUACCAUGUGUGGCCCGGCUACGACUACGUGGGCUGGCGGAACGAGAGUGCCACCAAUGGCUACAUCGAGAUCAUGUUUGAAUUUGACCGCAUCAGGAAUUUCACUACCAUGAAGGUCCACUGCAACAACAUGUUUGCCAAAGGCGUGAAGAUCUUUAAGGAGGUACAGUGCUACUUCCGCUCUGACGCCAACGAGUGGGAGCCUAAUGCUGUUUCCUUCCCCCUUGUCCUGGAUGACGUCAACCCAAGUGCUCGGUUUGUCACGGUGCCCCUUCACCACCGAAUGGCCAGUGCCAUCAAGUGCCAAUACCACUUUGCUGACACCUGGAUGAUGUUCAGUGAGAUCACCUUCCAAUCAGAUGCUGCCAUGUACAACAACUCUGGAGCCCUGCCCACCUCUCCUAUGGCACCUACAACCUAUGACCCAAUGCUUAAAGUCGAUGACAGCAACACUAGGAUCCUGAUUGGCUGCUUGGUGGCUAUCAUCUUCAUCCUCCUGGCCAUCAUUGUCAUCAUCCUCUGGAGGCAGUUCUGGCAGAAAAUGCUGGAGAAGGCCUCCCGGAGGAUGCUGGAUGACGAAAUGACAGUCAGCCUUUCCCUGCCAAGUGAUUCCAGCAUGUUCAACAAUAACCGCUCCUCAUCGCCGAGUGAACAGGAGUCCAACUCCACUUAUGAUCGCAUCUUUCCCCUUCGCCCUGACUACCAGGAGCCAUCCAGGCUCAUACGAAAACUCCCAGAAUUUGCUCCAGGGGAGGAGGAGUCAGGCUGCAGUGGCAUUGUGAAGCCAGUCCAGCCCAGCGGCCCUGAGGGGGUGCCCCACUAUGCAGAGGCUGACAUAGUGAACCUCCAAGGAGUGACAGGUGGCAACACCUACUCAGUGCCCGCCGUCACCAUGGACCUGCUGUCAGGGAAAGAUGUGGCUGUGGAGGAAUUCCCCAGGAAACUCUUAACUUUCAAGGAGAAGCUGGGAGAAGGCCAGUUUGGGGAGGUUCAUCUCUGUGAAGUGGAGGGAAUGGAAAAGUUCAAAGACAAAGAUUUUGCCCUAGAUGUCAGUGCCAACCAGCCUGUCCUGGUGGCCGUGAAAAUGCUCCGAGCAGAUGCCAACAAGAAUGCCAGGAAUGAUUUUCUUAAGGAGAUAAAGAUCAUGUCCCGGCUCAAGGACCCAAACAUCAUCCGUCUCCUAGCUGUGUGUAUCACCGACGACCCUCUCUGCAUGAUCACUGAGUACAUGGAGAAUGGAGAUCUCAAUCAGUUUCUUUCCCGCCAUGAACCCCCAAAUUCUUCCUCCAGCAACGUACCCACAGUAAGUUACACCAAUCUGAAGUUUAUGGCUACCCAGAUUGCCUCUGGCAUGAAGUACCUUUCCUCUCUUAAUUUUGUCCAUCGAGAUCUGGCCACACGAAACUGCUUAGUGGGUAAGAACUACACCAUCAAGAUCGCUGACUUUGGAAUGAGCAGAAACCUGUACAGUGGUGACUAUUACCGGAUCCAGGGCCGGGCAGUGCUCCCUAUCCGCUGGAUGUCUUGGGAGAGCAUCUUGCUGGGCAAAUUCACUACAGCCAGUGACGUGUGGGCCUUUGGGGUUACUCUGUGGGAGACUUUCACCUUUUGCCAGGAGCAGCCCUAUUCCCAGCUGUCAGAUGAACAAGUUAUCGAGAAUACUGGAGAGUUCUUCCGAGACCAGGGGAGGCAGACUUACCUUCCUCAACCAGCCAUUUGCCCUGACUCUGUGUAUAAGCUGAUGCUCAGCUGCUGGAGAAGAGAUACCAAGCACCGCCCCUCGUUCCAAGAGAUCCACCUUCUGCUCCUUCAACAAGGGGACGAGUGA